UCGCGCGCAGACGAAGUUUUCCUGCAAAACAAAGAGGACGGAACAUUCUGAAACCGCAGCGGUUUUCCCCGUCCCUCUUCUCUGGACCGAAAACUCUGGAGUUACAUCGUGGCCACUAGUUCGGGGGAUCGUCAGGACAAAGGAGAAGAAGUUUCUUCUGUGUGCAGAAAAAAUUGCUGCUAUGGAGGCUAUGGAUCAGGGUGCGUCAGAAUCGACGACGGAGAGCUCCCACUGGCCUUCCCGAUGGAGUGAUAUCGAGAAAAUCCUUAACCGUACAGGACCUCUGUCCAUGCCCGAAUUCGAAGAGGGCAAAUUGCCGGCGGUUCAGAAAGACUGCAACAUUCUCGUCAUCGGAGCGGGCGGUCUCGGCUGUGAACUUUUGAAAAAUCUGGCCAUGAUGGGAUUCAUAAACAUAUCGGUGAUCGACAUGGACACCAUCGAUCUGUCGAACUUGAAUCGGCAGUUCCUCUUCAGGGAGAAAGACAUCGGCCGACCCAAGGCCCAGGUAGCUGCUGAGUUUAUCAACAAUCGGGUACCCGGAGUGAAAGUCACACCUUACUAUGCGAAAAUCGAGGAUUUCGACGCCGAGUUCUACAAGGAGUUUAGCAUCAUCGUCUGCGGUUUGGAUGCGAUAGCGCCUCGCAGGUGGAUAAAUCGACUCCUAUGCUCAAUGCUGGAGUACGAUGACCACGAGGAACUCGAGCCUGAGACCAUCCACCCGCUUGUCGAUGGCGGAACUGAAGGAUUUAAGGGAAAUGCGAGAGUCAUGGCGCCGGGCAUUACCGCGUGCAUCGAAUGCACACUAUCCUUCUAUCCACCGGCGGUGAAUUUCCCCAUGUGCACACUGGCCCAAACACCAAGAUUGCCCGAGCAUUGCAUCGAAUACGUCAAGCUAAUACAGUGGCCGAAAGACAAACCCUUCGGUGAGACCGAAAUCGACGGCGACAACCCGGAACACAUACUCUGGAUCCACGAGAAGUCCUUGGAACGAGCAGCACAGUUCGGCAUUCACGGGAUCACGUACCGUCUGACUCAGGGCGUCGUGAAACGCAUCAUACCUGCGGUAGCUUCGACCAAUGCGGUGAUCGCUGCCAUCUGCGCCAACGAAGUCUUCAAGAUCGCUUACAGCUGCUACCCGAAUUUGAAGACAUACGUCAUGUUCAACGAUACAGCUGGUAUCUACACUGACGUAUUGGAGCCUGAACGAUUAGCGGACUGUAUGUCAUGCAGUAUCAAGCCGCGUAUGCUGCGAUUCCCGCGAUCGGCAACGCUGGAGGACGUUCUAGAUUUUCUCAAAGAAUCACCGCAGUAUCAGAUGUCGAAUCCUGGCGCAACCACGGCGACGCACGAAGGCCAGAAAACCUUGUACAUACCCGGCAUCAAGUCGCUGGAGGAUCAGACGAAGCCGAAUCUGAGCAAAACUCUAGAAGAGCUAGGAUUCGUCGACGGUCAAGAACUGAAUGUGACCGACAAAACAUCUCCGACGGGAUUCACCUUCAAGAUUCGUUACGAAUAAUCUCAGAAAUCCGGUCGCAAGUGAACCGCGAACUGAGCUCCGAGUGUUGAAUGUUUCUUUCUUUCUCGUCUUUCGCCGCAUCACAUCCGGACAAAACCCUGUUUGACUCCUUUCGGUAUCGAGAGCGAGGAACUGCAGCGAGAAAGCUUGCGAGACAACGAACGUGACAGAACGCAACAGUGAAUAAAUGAUAAUUAUAUG